AACGUUCUUGCUCAAUAUUUUCAUACACUUUACAAUAAAGUCGCCAUGAGGAUAUCUACAUUAACUAUUUUGUCCAUUUUCACAGUCAACAAUUGUGUCAAUACAUUGCGGACAUGCGAUCCAAGGAUACUUAGAACAAAUACAAUCGUGGGAACAGAAGGUAUUCAUACACAACAGCGUUUUCAAAAGCUUUGCGUUAAAAAGGAUAUGGCAAAAGAUCUGACGCAAGCUGUGGUUACUCUCCAUAAACUGAAAAUUGAUAUAAAUUAUUUAAAAGGUUACAUACCCGAGAUACGAAAAUUUAGAAAGAUGUUAAACAGGUGUAUUACUAGAAUACCUAUAACAACGACUACCACCACUACAACCACAACAACCACUACAACACGACCAACAACUACUACAACUACUACAACUACUACAACACGACCAACAACAACAACAACUACUACUACACGACCAACAACAACUACUACUACCACAACUCGACCGACGACAACAACAACUACAACAACUCGACCAACAACAACUACUACCACAACGCGUCCCACAACACGAAAAACAACAACUACAACACGACCCACAACACGGAAAACAACUACUACCACAACGCGUCCCACAACACGAAAAACAACAACUACAACACGACCCACAACACGAAAAAUAACUACUACCACAACGCGUCCCACAACACGAAAAACAACUACUACCACAACGCGUCCCACAACAGUCACAACACGUAAAACAACAACUACAACACGACCCACAACACGAAAAUCAACAACUACUACUACAACACGACCAAAAACUACUACAACGACACGUCCGACAACUCGAAAAACAACAACGACUACCACGACACGAUCAACAACAACAAAAACUACAACACGACCCACAACACGAAAAACUACAACUACUACUACGACACGACCGACAACUACUACAACGACAAGGCCCACAACUCGAAAAACAACUACUACUACAACACGACCAGCAACUACGUCUACAACACGACCAACGACUAAAACAACAACCACAACACGACCAACAACCACGAAACGGCCGACAACAACAACCACAAAACAACAUUCAACUACCACUCCUAGGACUACGACAUUUUCAACGGAACAACCAAUAACAACUACUGACCGAAGUCGUAGAACAAAACCAACGACACGUGAUCCUAUAUGGGGUGAAUAUUAUUAA